AUCAUUUGCGAGAAGUUGUGGCAUUCGUUGGAUAUUUUAUUUAUGAUUUUAUUCAAAAUUAUCGAAAAUUGUAACAAGUACUUGUAAAAAUAUUUCUUGAACCCAGCACUAUACUAUUUUCUACAAAUAUAGCGUGACUGUUUCAUUUUAUGGCCUCACUUUUUCAAUAAGCGCAUGAUUACGCAAGGCCGGCCAGUGGCAAGGCGGCAAGGCCAGAAAACGGGAGAAAUUUUGAGAAAAAAAAACAAUUGGUAUGUGAGCCAUGUCAGGUGGUCUACUGGCCCCAAGGGGCCUUUCAUGCUUCAGAGUGGGACACCACCCCAGUCUUCUGCUCAUAGCAAGCAGGGGGCAUUCACAUAAGGUCACUCUGAGGUGUUUUAGCCUUGGAAGACAGCAGCAGAUGGCUCUUCGACUGCUCCUCGGCCGCACUGGCCUCACAUCGGGCAUCACACCAUGUGUGGCCGUCCUACCUACACACGCGGGCACUCAGGCGGCCCGUGUCAGCACCUUCAGCGCGCUAUGGUCGUCUGAGCGAGGCCCCCAGCGCAGCCGGCCGCCGGUGUCUGAUCUGGUGGUGAAACCCAGAGACCUGGACUGGCGGAGCACGGCGCUCGACUGGUCCAGUCUGCACCGACGGUACAUGGAGCUGGCCAAAGUCCGGCUCACUGGUCUGGUGGUGGUGACAGCCAUGGCCGGCUACGCCAUGGCCCCGGGCGCCUUCUCUGGUACGACACUAGCCCUGGUGGCCGGGGGUACCCUGCUGACAUCCUCUGCCGCCAACACUGUGAACCAGUGGCUGGAGGUACCGUACGACAGUCAGAUGGCGCGCACGGCUGCCCGGCCCCUGGUCAGGGGGCACGUCAGUCCGCUGCACGCCGUGACGCUGGCCGGCGUGUGUGUCUCCUCCGGGGUCGGCCUGCUGUACCUGGCCAGUCCGCUGGCGGCGGCCCUGGGCGCGGCCAACUUCCUCCUCUACACGGCCGUGUACACACCGCUGAAGAGGGUCACCAUCGCCAAUACGUGGGUCGGAGCUGUCGUGGGCGGCGUGCCGCCUCUGAUGGGCUGGGCUGCCGCCACCGGCUCUUUGGCCCCUGGCGCUUGGCUGCUCGCCGGUCUGCUGUACGCCUGGCAGUUCCCGCACUUUAACGCGCUCUCGUGGAACCUGCGCAAGGACUACGCGCGCGCCGGCUACCGCAUCAUGGCUGUCACACACCCCGACCUGACCCGCCGCGUGGCGCUGCGGUACAGUCUGAUGUUGGCCGCCCUUCCGUUUGUGACGUCAGCGUGUGACGUCACCUCGUGGAUGUACGCCGUCGACUCGCUGCCCGUCAACGCGUACCUCGUGUAUCUGGCGUGGAGGUUCUCCCGUGAUCGGGACAGCGGCUCGGCGCGCCGUCUGACCCGCUUCAGCUACGUCCAGCUGACGGCCGGUCUGAUCCUGAUGUUGCUGGCCAAGCAGCACUACCACCUCUCUGAACCCGAGCCGGAGGCUGAGGCGGGGGCGGUGACAGCGGCGGCAGGCGCGGAGAGAAGAGGCAGGGGAAAGAUGGCUGACUGGUGCAUCGGCGAGCCGCUUCUGCAAAGAGGAUGGGGCCUAGGAGGGAUCCUUGCGGUAGCCGAGAGAGAGGAAGGAGGACGCGAGAAUGUGUCCUCGCGAGAGGAACGCGUGUCCUCGUCUGCUGUUGGAGCGGAGGAAGAGAGCUCAUCUCCCAGAGAUGGUCUGGUAUUGUUGAAGGAGGCUGAUCUAGCACAUGAGGACGAUGCUGUUAUCAGCGAGGACCGCGUCGUUCCGCCUUCCUCCGAACGCCCUCCAUCACAGGACGUAGCCACGUAGCAAAAAGUAGUCGGCAUUACUAGUGUGGUUUCUGAUAACCGGUUUUUCGUGGCACUUGUCUAGUCCCAGUAGCUGCCGUCCUGGCUUGGGAGUGUCAUAAUAUCGACAUAUCACCUCGGUUCUGCCCUGGGUGUUCAGAUCCCCACCGGAUGGAUGGAGCGCUGUGGAUGUCUAAACGGGUGAUGAUUGUUGAAUAGAUGUCGCUAGAGAUGUAUAUAGACGGCGCUAGUAUCGCGCUGCGGCUGCACGAUGUGACAUGACAAGGAUGCAGCGAUGUGCGGGGGAGUGUGUUUACCAAAACGUGUAAUGUAUGUAUUGUACAUAGUUUGUUUUCGUCCCCCAAGUGGUAAAUAUUGAUUGAUGCGAGUGUUUGAUGGGUCUUUUAAGUACGAGCUGUUUGACGAUCCAUACCGUGGAUCAUGAUGCCUCAAGAUAUUGAUUGCAUUUUUUGGCUUAUUUUGGAUAUCCGUGACAUUUGACUGGUACUUGCGAAAAAAGACACUUUUACCAUUGUUUGUCAAUGUCAUUCGUCGUUUCUGACAGAAUGUAGCAGUGAAACAUUUUGUGUAAGCUGGCCAUAUGACCUCAUAAAAAUGCACAAUACGUUGGUUCCUUCAAAGAUGCUUGCUGUCGCUGGUGGACUCAUGCUUCAGAAAUCGACCAUCCCUAUGAAUGAAAUGUCGAGUGAGAUGUGUAUGUUGACGCAGCGAUUGGUGACUGUUGCGUUGAAUGGAAAUAAAUAAACGCAAAGAACCCA